AUGCAUAUGAUCUUAAAUGAAAGGUCGUGUAUUUUGUUCGUAUGUUGACUCGCACAUCUCAUUCUCUCAUCUUGCUUUAGCCAGGACACUCAUCGCCUGUUUUCUUGGAGUCUGGCAUGUGGCAGACUUCUUUAGGUAUCGCCGUCGUGGCCUCAGGAGCGGUGGCUCAAUGAUUGAGGCGUACAAUGUGGGUGCGUCUGCGGCAGCUACCAAAAUCCGCCGCGAGCCGAGGCGACAAGGCGGAGGCAGCGGAUAACCAUUGCAGAUGCUCCCGGUGGUAAAACGGCGUGUCGUGUGCGACUGAACAUAGCGGUGGGUCCCUAGCGAGCUCCAACUGACGCGUCACAAGCUACUUGUAGUAGUCGGCUUGUCCAUGCAACUGAGGCUGGCGGGGGCUGACGGCUACUGGCUCUGCGCUCGUCCGACAUAUAACAUAUCGUUCUCAUCUGUUCCCCAUAUUUCCACCGCCCUCUGGUACCCGUCAUGCCUGUCCCUGCUGUUGUCCGCGACUCCUUCAUUGGCACCGUCGUCUACUUCGCAUCAGGGCAACAGUAUUUCCGUCACCCAGAGGAACAGCCUGAUUUUGUACUUCCGGAAAAGUACGCCAAAGCAUCGCAGAAGCGGCUAACGCAGCGAAGUGAUCGGUCCGACGCUUCUUCUCAAACGCAAUCCGAAGCUGCCACUAUUAUAGUAGACUGGUAUAGCCCAGACGACCCCGAAUGCCCUCGCAACUGGUCGUUCUUCAAACGUUGCUUUGUGACGUUCAACAUAUGCCUUCUGACAUUCAGCAUCUACAUCGGUUCAGCAAUUUACUCUCCCGGUAUCGAAUUAGUCGCCGAACAGUUUGGAGUCUCAGACGUCGCUGCGACGCUCGGCCUCACCCUAUUCGUCGUGGGCUACGGUAUCGGACCCAUGUUCUUGAGCCCGCUUUCCGAAAUCCCGCAGUUUGGCAGGACAACCGUCUAUAUUCUAGCUAUGCUCGUCUUCGUCUGCGUCCAAGUGCCGACGGCUCUUUCCAAGAAUCUUGGCGCACUUCUCCCACUCCGUUUCCUUGCAGGCUUUGUUGGCUCUCCACCGCUGGCAACUGGAGGCGCGAGUGUUGCAGACAUGUGGGCGCCCGAAGAUCGCGCCGUCGUCAUCGGUCUCUGGGGCUUAGCGGCCGUCUGCGGACCUGUUCUUGGUCCACUGGCCGGUGGCUUUGCUGCCCAGGCUAAAGGCUGGACCUGGACCAUCUGGAUCUUGCUCCGGAUCUCCGGUGGAUCACUCGCCUGGCUCUCACUCACACUACCAGAGACUUCCGCGCAAGCGAUCCUCUUUCGUCGUGCCGACCGCCUCCGUCGUCUGACUGGCAACCCGAAUCUUAAAUCCCAGGGUGAAAUUGACGGGGAGCACAUGACGAUGGGCGAGAUCGCACAAAUGACACUAGUCCGGCCAUUCUUGCUUACUUUCAGAGAGCCCAUCGUGUUCGUCAUGAACCUUUACGUCGCCUUGGCUUAUAGCAUUCUGUACUUAUUCAUUGCGUCUUUCAACGUGGUCUUCAUUGAGAACCACGGAUCUAACCUCGGGGAGAAUGGCCUGGCGUUCAUGGGCUUAUUCAUUGGUGCAAUUGUUACCUACGCCUUUUUUGCGCCAUACGCUAUCUACGUCCUGAAACCGAUAUUUCAAAACUGCGCACAUUUCAUCCCCGAGAACCGUCUUCCAGUCGCGAUGGUGGGCGCAACUUUUCUACCGAUCUCCCUGUUCUGGUUCGGUUGGACGAGCUUCUCGAGCAUCAACUUUAUCGUGCCUAUCAUCGGCUCUGCAUUCUUUUCAGUGGGGACGUUCCUCCUUUUCCAAGCUGGUCUGAACUACUUGUCUGACUGCUACCCACGCUACGUGGCCUCAAUCCUUGCCGGUAAUGACUUUUUUCGAUCGUGCGUCGGUGCGGCGUUCCCUCUGUUCAGCACGGCGUUCUUCCACGACCUGGGCGUCGGCCAAGCAUGUUCAGUCCUGGGCGGUAUCACAGUUGCGAUGAUUCCUAUCCCGUUCAUCUCGUACAGCUAUGGAGCAAGAAUCCGCGCUUGGAGCAAGUAUGCAGACUAGUACCGACCUUUCGCACUCGUUGCAUACGGGUUUACUAGGUAUAUGCUUUGCUCGUACCUCAUGUAUAUUCCUGCGUGAAAUUGUUGAAUAUUGGAUGAACAUCAACUUUAUCGCUACCUUUU